AUGAAAGGUCAGGCCGAGCAAAACCUUGAAUUCCUCUUCGCGGUGCACCCCAGCGAACUCGAACGCAUCGUUAGAUCAAUAGACGGAGUAUCGGAUUGUGUCGUCGUUGGAAUUGAGCACGAGACCAAAGGGGAGGUUCCGCACGCUCUUGUGGUAAAGGGCAAGCAAGGGAUCAACGAUUGCAAAAUCAUGGCUCUCACAAAUGGCCAGCUCCCGCGGCACAAACAGCUCGGCGGUGUGACUUUCAUCCGGGUGAUCCCCAGAUCGUUGGACGGGGAAGUGUCGAGGAGCUUGCUAAAACAAUUGUAUUUUGGGCCUGGAAAUCAAUUGAGAGCAAAGAUU